GUUAUUGUUGGUAAAUUCACGUUGCUGCUGCUCGCUCUGUUCUGUGAUCAUGGCUGCACUGGACCACACCAGCCAUGUUUGCUAAUUUAAAACCCAAAGGUUAGGGGAAUAGUUGUUUAUUAUUUACCCGUGUGCCAUCCUUACCCACAUAUUUGCUUAGACGAAGGUUUAGAAGUCUCUGCGCCCUUCGCAACAAUCCCGUGGACUGAAAGGUUGGACAGCUUUAUCUUAAAAAAUAUCAGCGAAACUUUUGAUGAUGGUGGUGUCGGUUGUGAGCAGAUGAUGCUCAGCAACAUUUGUCUGUGCGUGCAGCGUAAACAAUGUAACUUCAUCAGCAGGCUGCUAGCGUAACGUUAGCCCGUGGAACAAAAGGUGGAGCACGCCUCCAUCUGUUAACAAAUGGAGUCAAAUAAUCAUUUCAACUAUGGCACCCACUCCUCAGCUAACUCAGGACUGAAACUCUCCUCAGGGGAUUCUCUUUACACUAACGGGUCCUCCAUGAGUUUUCCUCAGCAGGGGAAGAAUAUGAACGGCGAAAUGAAUGUGAAUGGCGUCACUACUGUACUCGGGUCUGGCGUUCCUGGUUCCAACCCGCCAAACGCUCCCUACCCACACAUGAGCAACCACCACCAGGGCAGCAUGGGCUAUGACUACUUGUGGGGAGGACACCCUCAGUAUGGUCCAGCCAUGGGCUCCUCUUCUGGGCACGGGAUGCACCAAAAGCAGCCUGCACCUGGGAUGGUGCAGUCUCAGUCACAGCACCACUUCCAGGGACAUGGACAGUACCAACUAAAUGGAGCUAUUGAAGGCUCCCACCAGCCCUCUGUGGCAGGCCCUCCAAGCAUGGGUCAGUACUGGAACAGGAGUAACCCUGGCCCACAGAUGGGUUACAAUUCCCACAGCAUGUAUGGGAGUUACCAGAGUCAGACACAUCCUGGAAUUACACCAUCACAGCAUCACCAGCAGCAGUCCUUACAACCCUCACCGCAUCCAUCAUCACAGCAGCACCUCCUCUCCCAUCGCCAUUCUCACCAACACCACCAGCAGCACCAGCAACCACAGCAUUAUGGUAUUAUGCCUAAUGGGAUGCCGUACUACCAGCAUCAACCCCAGCACCCGUCCCUGCCAUCCCCUCAGCAGCAGCAGCCCCUGCAGCAGACUCAGCCCCAAAGCCAGGCUCAGAUGAUCCCCCCUGCUGCCCAGAAUUUUACUCCUCCUCGUGGCAGCCCACAGCACCACGGUUUAGGAAGGGGGGGUUCUGGCAGCCCACUCCCAGUUGGGAUGUCCUCAGCAUCAGUGAUGCCACCAUCAGCAGUGCAGGAGAGUGGAUCACCCAAGGGCCACAGCAGAGAGCGAAGCCCACAUGCCAGUACUGUGGGAGUAUCUGCUGUCAUUCAAGGGCACACAAGAGAAGCCGUCAAAGAGAUAGAUACAAGUUUUAAUGGCACGGAGAGAGCGUCUGUUUCCCAAAGGCUGCCCAAACCUGACAGUUACCCACCCAACCUUGUGGGCGCGACAAGUGAUUAUCGUCAGCCUCCUGAACAACCAGCAGCUCCACAGCGGCCAGAAAUGUCUUCUCCUGUCAAAGAGUCAGCCGUGAAAACACCUCCUCAGUUCGUGUCCUCUCAGCUCUCUACACCUCCUUCAGCAGUGUCAACAUCUACAACCAAGGCUUCAACACCUCCUCGGGUCUCUGCUGUUCCUGCUGUCUCUGAUUCUCCCACAUCUGCGCCCCGGAGCCCUACAACAUCACUGCCUGCUCUGGCACAGAUCUCAACACCUCCUCUAAUGAUGCCCAGCCCUAAGCUUCCCACUUCUGCUGCAACCGAUACGUCUCUUGCUGGAUCCAAGCACCUGUCAGCCGGGUCCUCGUCCUCCUCUCUGCCUACAUCACCUCCAAAGUUGACUACACCUCCUGCUUUAGCUGAUGUGUCUAAACCUGCGUCAGUUUCGUUAGAAGCUGACGCUUAUCAGAACAAGUCUUCACUGCCUCCUACAGCUUCUGGUCUCCCUAAACCGGCCUCCCCUCCUGCCCUCGUGCCCACAUCUUCUUACUCAGCAUCUGCACCCAUCUCAUCCCUUCAAAGGAUGGUUCAUGGGUCCAAACCACCUCUUCUGACAUCAUGCUUCACAGACAAAUACGGAGGUCAACAUGAGAAGCCAGGACCCCCCAAACUAUUGUCCACUUCCUCAAUACGUGAAAAAUCUUCAGUGCCAGGACCUCCAACCUCAGUACCACCUGUUUUAUCUUCAUCUGCAUCUCCCAUGUCAAUGUCAAAAACUCCUCCAGCUAGCAGUAAACCUCCAGCAGCUGCGUCUCAGCGUCAGACAGAUACUCCUCCACCUGCUAACUCUGAUCUUCCCGCUGCCUCUGCAGCACCACAACCACCUGCAACCACAAACCUCCCCUCAACCCAGGAAAGCCCCACAGUCCGACCUCUGUCCACCCUACCUCUUCUAACCACUCAAGCCUCCAGGACUGCACCCAUGUCCGGCCCUCCUGCCUUGGUGUCUGUGCUUUCUGCAACGGGUACGCCUUCUGGAGCUGCCAGAAGUACUGGCACUGAGCUGCCUCCUCCUGAACCCACUGCUCCUCAUCUUCUUAAGUGUCCCAAGCCAGAGCAGCAUGGUCACAGUGAUGAUAAAAAAGAAGUAAGAAGAAAUGGAAAAGCGGAAGAACACCAGCUUGAUUCUGGCAUCAUGAGGACGACGCAGAAAGUGGAAACUGCUGAAACAACAAAGUCUGAGAUCCUCGCACCCAAAUCCCCCCCAGGUCUUCCUGAUGAACCCUCGCAGACCACAGUGUUUGCUCCAGUUCAAAAGAACAAAAAUGAAAAGACGGAAUCUGAACAGCGCCUUAUGAAAAGUGUGGUCACCUGCGACGCUGCGGAGGAGAAGACACCGCUCGUAAAGCCCUCACACCCCCGCCUCACAAGGUUAGAUUCAACUGAAGAGGAAAGUUUUGAAUUCUCCUCCCAGUUUGACACCCCCUCUAGACUUCAUGAAGAAGACGAUAGCUCCUGCAUAGACGACUCGGCUCACUUUGACAGCAGCUUCCACUCGCGAAAGGACACAUCUCAGUUUGACAGCACUUCCCACGUAGACGAGGAGCCCUCCACAGCAUUAGAUACCACUAGAGACAGCAGCUCCUCUGCGGAUGACUCCAGAGAUGACACACUGGACUCCACCAGGGAAGGAGAAACGUCUGAGGCAGAAGGGACCAAGGAUGGCUCCCAAAUCCCAGGGGACUCCACGAUGGAGUCUUCCUUCAACAACAGCUCUCAGAUGGAAGAGCCCUCUGUGGACUGCGAUAAUGUGUCCAACUUGGAUUCAUUUGCAUCCUCUCAGCCAGGUCAGCAAGAGUGGGAACCCAGAGGACACGAUACUCCAGACUCAGUUGGACAAAUUAGCAGAAAGACCACACUAAACGAGACCAUGACUCCCCAGAGUUUCAAGAUGAGGGAUGAGAACUUCAUCGCCUUCAGUACCCCAGCAGAGGGCCCUGCUGUACACCCACUGCAACCAGUGACUGAUCAGACUGUGUCCGCUGCGGGAGAACCGCUGAAAACCCCAGGGAAACAACGCAAACCUCGAGCUCCAAGGGCAAUACUGCUGAAAAGCCCAGAGGGGACUCAGAGGAAGCCUCGAGGUCGAGCCCCUAAAGCGGCGAAGGUGGAGACUAAUGAGGAGGAAGGGGUGAAGAAAGAGGUGGGGGUCAGGGGCAGAAAGAGAAAGAAGUCCCUCAAAGUGGUUGUUAAAGGAACAUCAGUGUGUGGAGGUGCAGGGACAGGAGAGGAGAUCGAUACCAUCACCGCCACGAUCGAAGCCGUUCUGGCAAAUGCUUCAUCUCUCAGUACCGCAGUCGUGAAACCCAAGAAGGUGAAAAGGGUCAGGAAACAAGACCAGGAAGGGAACCUGGCAAAGACACCCAAACAAGAUGAAGAAAAAACAGCUGAGGAUGCCGAUGAAAACGACGACGACAGCUCCACUGCAGGUGAAUCCAGAGGACGGAGGGUUGCAACAGAGGAGCAGGUUCAGUUUCCAAUGCGACAUGGCUGGAAGAGGGAGAUCCGUGUGAAGAAACUGGAGAACCGCAUGAGAGGUGAAACCUGGUAUUACACACCUUGUGGACGGAGGAUGAAGCAGUUCCCGGAGAUAAUCAAAUACUUGAAGAGGCACACAGACAGCGUGGUCAGCAGAGAACACUUCAGCUUCAGCCCACGCAUGCCUGUUGGAGACUUUUAUGAAGAAAGAGAAACACCUGAGGGUGCGAAGUGGUUCCUCUUGGCUAACGAGGAGGUUCCCUCUAUGAUCAUGGCAAUCACUGGCCGGCGAGGUCGACCACCAAACCCUGACAAAGAGAAACCUCGCAGGGUCCGUGCUCUGAAGGGAGGACCGGCUCGCCGCCCGGGUAGACCUCCCAAACCCAAGAUGAUUGACUUCCUCAGCAAAGUUGACGCUAAGCUUUUGAAGCGACUUGAGGCCAAGGAAGCUCUCACGGAAGAGGAGAAGGAGAAACUUGCAAAAAUCAAAAAGAAAAUGAAGAGAAAGGCAAGAAUGAAGAGACGGGAGGAUGCAAAGGUUAAGAAGAUGAAACUGGAGAAAAAGAAAGCCAAGCUUGAGCAAAACGCCAAGGACCUCCAGCUUAAGGCUGAUUCAACUGACCCAACAGCCCCACAGCCAGCAUCAGGGCAGCCUGCUGCAGAGCCCAAGAAGCCCGGCCGCAGGAGGUCGGUCAAAGUCGCAGUUCCUCCUCCCGUACAGCAAACCGAUGAGGAGAGGAUAGCCCAGGGUAAGAGAGUGCUGGGUGCUCGCAGUAAAGCUAAAGCACUGGCUAAAGCUCAGGCGGAAGCUGAGGCUGCAGCUCAGGCCGCACAGGCAGCUAAGAGGGCGGCAGAGAGGAGAGCGCAGGCCCAGAGACGACUGGAGGAGAGGAAGAGGCAGCAGCUGAUUGCAGAGGAGCUGAAGAAGCCCACAGAGGACAUGUGUCUCAUUGACCACAAGCCUCUUCCAGACCUGUCCCGUAUCCCUGGUGUGGUUCUAUCUGGAACAUCCUUUGCCCACUGCCUGGCUGUGGUCGAGUUCCUUCAUGGAUACGGAAAAAUAAUUGGAAUCAAUGUACCAAAAGACAUCCCCAGCCUUGCUACACUGCAGGAGGGGCUCUUAGGUCUGGGUGACAGCCAAGGAGAGGUCCAAGACCUACUGAUAAAACUCAUGGAGGCGGCACUCCACGAUCCAGGCCUGCCAUCACAUUACCAGUCUGUGAAGAUCCUCGGGGACAAGCUGGCCGAGCUGGAGCUGACCCGCAGCACCGUCUCAGAAGCUCUGCGCAUCUUUAUGGAAGCUCAUGGGUUUGACACUGAAGUCUGCGACACGCUGAGGACCAAAACAUUUCACGCCCUUCCUCCUGACACCAAGGCUGCCAUCCUGGGGUUCCUGGUGGAUGAGCUUAACAGUAGCAACAUCGUGACGAGUGACAUUGACAACACAUUGGAGAACAUGUCAACUUACAGGAAGAACAAGUGGAUCAUUGAGGGGAAAUUGCGCAAACUAAAGGCAGCUCUAGCACGUCGCACCGGACGCUCAGAAGAAGAGCUGCACUUCGAGGAGAGGAGGCGCAGUGCCAGAGUGGCCGAGGAGGAGAACCUCAGUCUGGAGGAGAGUGGCCUCGUCUUGGAGAGAGGCAACCGCCGCGUGCGCAAAGAAGAGCCAAAAAUCAGUGACAGCGAGAGUCCUACUAACGCCAGCAUUCCAGAACUUGAAAGGCAGAUAGAUAAGCUAACUAAGCGACAAGCAUUUUUCCGUAAAAAGCUGCUACAGUCGUCUCAUUCCAUGCGGGCCGUGCUGCUGGGCCAGGACAGGUACCGACGUAGAUACUUGGCUCUACCUCACCUUGGAGGAGUUCUGGUCGAGGGGCCAGAGGAACUGCUGACUUCUGAAGACGUCCUUGUAGCCGAGGUUCCCGUCACCUUCCUCAAAAAGGAGCUCAAAGUUGAAGAAACUGCCUUGCCUACCACUCCCCCUCCGUCUCUACCUUCCUCCCCUACCUCUGCGACCCCUGCCCAGGUCAAGGUCUUAUCUCCGGACAAGGAGGACCCCCUCCCCGGCACUGCCUCCCUCAUGAGCCAGCCAAGAGGACGAGGGCGCCCCAGGAAAAUCAAACCCGAAGUAGAGCUUCACCUCCGCACGGCCAAAAUUCGUCGCAGGCGUCGAAGUAGUGCCCGAUCUGGAGGGGAAGAAAGGCCGGGAUCACCGAACAGUGGCACACAUGACCUCACACAGGCUGCCUUCCAGAGCUGGCUUAGCCAAUCACAGGAAGCAUCAGGGGCAGCAGGGGACGCACCCGAGGGAAACCGACCAGAAGAGAGUGUGAAGGAGAUGGCGGAGAAGCAGGGUCAGUGGUUCAACCUGCUCCCUAAACAGCCGUGUGAUGAGAACUCUCUGACUGAGCCGCAGAUACUGAACUCAUCCAGCCCUCCCACAUCACCCCCAAAACUCCUCCCACAGACCCCAAGUGAUCUAUCUGCAGCAGCUGCUCCGUUUGUGCAGCCGGACCUGCUCAUGCCUGGCCUGGCUCCUGCUGACCCCUUGACGCCAGCAACACCACAGGACAUUUCCCUUACUCCCCCAGCUCUUGCAAUUCCUUUUUAUGCCCAACCACCCCCUCAGCUGCUUCCAGCACCAACUACUCCCACCAAGCCUGCUCCAGCUACCCCUGGGAGACCAGGUCGCAGGCGCCGAAGAGGCAGCAGAGGCAGCAGUCCCGCUCGCAGAGGACCGAGAGGAGCUGCAGCUAAACGUCGCGGUCGGCCUCCAAACGCUGUGUUUCAGGAGCUGGAGCAGCAGUACUUCACGCAGCUGGUGGUCAAACCCAUACCUGCAUCGAUGGUGCAGGGCUGGUGGUGGAUCAAGGAUCCAGAAGAACUUUACCACACCUUACAGGCCCUCCAUCCCAGGGGCAUCAGGGAGAGAGUGCUCCACAAGCAUUUGGCCAAACUCAUGGACAGUUUGACUGAGAUGUGCACCAAAUCUAUCAACGACCCCUUGUUUGACUUGAAGCUAGAGGACAAGGAUGUGCUGGUGGAGGCUCUGCAGCAGCCCUGGCAAGUGCAGGAGAAGGCGAUGGAGAUUGACAUCAGUGCCCUACAGUGGGUGGAGGACCUUGAGCAGCGAGUCAUCGCUGCUGACCUACAUCUCAAGGCGCUUCCUCCGGGUGCAGUAAAUGAAGCUGAAUCUAACGUAGAGGCACAGAUGGCUGAAUUUCAGCCUUACACGCUCCCAGAUCCAGACUCCACACGGGAGGACCUCCAGUACUACGAACACGACGCCGACCCCAAUGAUGACUGGAUCGUACGGACCAAGAAGGAGUGGUCGGGGCUGCCACGCAUCGCCACGCACCCGGUCGACUUGGCCGUGCUGCGGUUGGCUAACCUGGAGCGGAACAUUGAGAGACGCUACCUGAAGGAGCCACUGUGGAACCCAGCUGAGGUGAUGAAACUGGCUCCUCUCACGCCAACACCAGGAGAGGAGCUGACCAUGGAUGUCAUCAGUCUGGAAAGUGAGAUCACGUCUCGACUUCGCACGUGGCGACAGGCUCUAGAUCGCUGUCGCAGCGCUCCACAGCUCUGUCUGUGUUUACUUCAGCUGGAGAAGGCCAUUGCCUGGGAGAGAUCUGUGACUAAAGUGACCUGUCAGGUUUGCAGGAAAGGAGACAAUGAUGAUUGCCUGUUGCUGUGUGACUGCUGUGAUCGAGGCGCUCACAUGUACUGCCUGAGGCCCAAAAUCACCCAGAUACCAGAGGGAGACUGGUUUUGUCCCACCUGCAUUGCCCAGGACGACGAGCCGCGCUCAUCCAAAAAGAGGACCAGGGUGAAAAAGAGAAGAUACGAAGAGGAUAGCUCUGAGGAUGAGACGACGACGCCUACUCGUCGUAGUGGUGGCAUGGCAACACGGUACAAGGAGCCACCAGCACCGGCUUCGUCUUCUCGUUCCUCUGGAGAGGGAGGCGGUGCUAAACGUCGCCGCAUGACAACACGCAACCAGCCUGACCUCACAUUCUGCGAGAUCAUUCUAAUGGAGAUGGAGUCUCAUGCCGAUGCCUGGCCAUUCCUUGAACCUGUCAACCCCCGCCUGGUGCCAGGCUACCGCCGCAUCAUCAAAAACCCCAUGGACUUCCUCACCAUGAGAGAACGACUGCUGCAGGGCGGGUACUGCAGCUGUGAGGAGUUUGCAGCAGAUGCUCAUCUCGUCUUCAACAACUGCGAGCUGUUCAACGAGGACACGUCAGAGGUGGGGGUGGCCGGACACGCCAUGAGGCGUUUCUUUGAGAGCCGCUGGGCGGAGUUCUACUCAAACAAGGACAAAUAGGAGCCUGCGACGUUUCCCCUCAUGGUGGGGCUGUAAACUGUUGGUGCUUUCACCGUCCCAGUCACUUUCUCUCUCUCUCUCCCUUACUGCAAAGAGACUCUGGCGGCUCUUCCAGCUAUGUGUAUUCUCUUAUGAAUAGGUAUAUAUGUAUAGAUUUUGGCUCUUUGUCUGUUAUUGUUCCCUCCAUGGGCCUCAUAUUUUCCAGGCCCCACAGCUGAACUGGCUUGAACUCUUUGUACUCAUUCCCCAUCGCAGAGAGCGACAGCAUGUCUCUCUUCACUCUCUCCUUCCUCCUUUCAUGUCGCCUCAUCUUCAUUUCAACACCUCAUCUCCUGUACGUGUUCUCCUGUCAAGUCCUUUCACAAGCCCCAUGUCGUAGCGAGGCCUUCGGUCGGGCCCCCUCUGCAGGGUGAUAACAUGGUCUCAGGCCCUCGAGUGUUUUGGCUCUCAGACUCGCACUGAAGGUCAGGGAAUGAUGACACUAUUGCAGCCUCACUGCUGCACACUGGACCUGCUCAGCACCGCUCUACGACUAAAAUGGAUCGCGACUCUUCUCAGAGCUUGGGCCAUUUCGUACCUGUUCAAUGGAAAUGUAAUGUACCGUGGUCUUAUGCCUAGAAGUAACUUUUUUGCUCAAUAUAUUUUUAUUAUAUAUUCUAUAUAUAAAUAUAUAUACAGAUUACAAUAGCUGGGAUUAUUUAAUAGCAAUAGCUUGUAGUGAAUGUGUACAGAUUACCUUAUAGAGAUGUCUAGACCAUUUAUGAAAAGGCCAGUUAAACUUAAAGGAAUCUGUCUUUGGACUGUCAAGAGUAGACGUUGUAUAACCUCCACUUAAAGUUGUGCACGCACACUUUUCACCAACACUCACAUGAUUUCACACACAUCCCUUCCGUCUGCUGCUGUGUGAAAGACACUGGUUUCUGGAACUGGAGGAUUGUAAGUGUGGCUUAGUCAGUCUGGGCUUAAAGGCUCAUAUUUCAGUGUCCUUCUUGUUAAUAAUCGAGUAGUUACACCUGGUCUGUGACACACUGUAUUCAGGUGAAAGGUGAAAAGCUUCUCUCGCUAAUGAAGACAAGAUUGGCGCCGCUUUUAAUGAAAGUGACACUUAAACAUCUCUUUGUCUGCGGCUUGUUUUAGCAGGUAAACAUCCAGUGGUUGUUAUGUGCAAGGCUGAAAUCCUCCCACUUUUAAGACGAUGAAUACAAAUUUGCUCUGAUGAUGACACACCGGCACAUUCCUGUCUGGUUUUCUGUCUUACAUUCCUCUUCCGGAUAUUUUUUGUGCUUUUUGAGGGCCAAUGUACAAUGAUGCGCGGCAUGGUUGGUGUGCUCUGAAGGCGACAGGACGACUCCACAGUCUGGGUUUUUAUUUAAACAUGUUUCUUACACUGAACUCAGAUCCGUUGAUGGGAAACAAACUUUGAUGUUCCUUGUUACACUUAAAGGGACAGACGUUUUUUCAAAAAAGAAAAAAAAAAUUAAGACAUGAAAACCAAACGUGGUGUUGAGUGAAUUUUUAAUAAUGUACAGUUUUGGUGACUUUAAAUUUGUUCCUUUAUAUUUUUAGGACCAAUUCAUCAUUUUUAAGAGGAGGUAUUACAAGACUCUGUUGUAUUAAGGUGAUGUAACACGUGUGCAUCUGUAGAAUGUACUGUGAGUUGAAUAAAACCACAUCUAGUAGAAAGUA